CAGAGCCCCUUCUUCCCUUCCCAUCCAAGGAGACACCGGGAUCUGCCUCCGCUCCCCUCGGCCCUCCCCCUCGCACCCUCCCGGCUUCCUCCCUCUCGCCUUCUUUUUCUCUCUGUUUUUUUUUCUUUUCCUUUUUCCAUCCCCUCCCCCUCCUGGGAAGACCUGGCCGCUCCCCCCGCCCCGUGCUCAGUAGCCGCGGGCUCUGGGCGGUGGACGAGCGGCGCGGAGCGGGGAGCCGGGAGCCUGUGCCCCGGGGCUGCGGCCGCCGCCUGCCCCUCCGUCCGUCCUGAGGGGUGCCAGAAAAAAUUAAAUAAAAUGGAGCACAUGUUACUGCUAUUCAUAUUUUUCAUACCUAUACUGGGUCUCAGUAAUGGAACAGAAACUGAACAAGAUUUUACUUGGCACUUAAAGAAGAUUCCCCAGAUUGUGAGAGAAAGAACUUUCUCCCUUGACAGCCCUAAAUUUGAAGCAAAAACCAAAUUAGAGCUGAACAGCGUAUGUGGAAUUGAGUGUCAAAGAAAACUGCCAGUGCCAAGCUCGUCUGACUUGAAGGACCUCUUAUCCUAUGAGACUGUUUUUGAAAAUGGCACACGGACCCUGACUGAAGUGAAUGUCCUCGGAGCAGUGCUUGACCCAGCUGGAAACACGACCACACGAAGGUCUUUGAGAAAGAAGAGGCAGAUAUAUGGAACGGACAGUAGGUUCAGCAUCUAUGACAAGCGGUUUAUGACCAACUUUCCAUUCAACACAGCUGUGAAGGUCUCCACUGGCUGCAGUGGCAUUCUCAUUUCCCCCAAGCACGUGCUGACAGCAGCCCACUGUCUGCACAAUGGCAAGGAUUAUGUCAAGGGCAGCAAAAGACUGAGGGUGGGCCUGAUGAAGACGAAAUCCAGAGGCAAUGGCAGGAAACGCAAAGGUGCUAAAAGAAGUAGGAGAGAAGUUUCUAUGGCCAAAGAGGAUCCCAAAGUUGCCACAGAACAAAGUCAACAAUCCAAAGGCGACAGGAAAAGGCAGAGGAGGCCUGGGAGGAAGCAAGGGACCUCAGAUGGCAUGCCCUCCUUCCAGUGGACCAGAGUGAAGAGUACCCACAUCCCAAAAGGCUGGUUUAAGGGUGUUUCUGGGGAUAUUGCCCUGGAUUAUGAUUAUGCUGUCCUUGAGCUCAAGCGUCCCCACAAAAGGAAAUACAUGGAGCUGGGAAUCAGCCCAACAAUCAAAAUGAUGCCUGGGAGCAUGAUCCACUUCUCAGGUUUUGACAAUGAUCGGUCUGGGCAGCUGGUCUAUAGAUUUUGUAGCAUAUCUGAUGAGUCCAACGAUCUCUUUUACCAGUACUGUGAUGCUGAGCCUGGCUCCACUGGAUCUGGCAUCUAUCUCCGUCUUAAGGAGCCGAACAAAAAGAAGUGGAAACGCAAGAUCAUUGCUGUUUACUCAGGCCAUCAGUGGGUGGAUAUCAAUGGUGAACAGCAGGAUUACAAUGUAGCAGUAAGAAUUACUCCUCUCAAAUAUGCCCAGAUUUGCUUCUGGAUACAUGGGAAUGAUGGGAAUUGCACACAAGGCUGAAGAGAGCUGAAUCUUACUUGCUUAGCACCUGUACUGCCAUAGAGUGAAAGUCAGCUGCAGAAAUUACUGGAAGAACAUCACUCCAUGUCAGAAUGUUUUUGAACUCAAAGCUCACAAGUAAUGCUAUAGUAACUUGAGGAAUGCUGAAAUGCUGGGGGAUGGGUAGAAUUGUCAGACAAAAUCUUUCUAAUUGUAAUCAACCCUAGAUACGCACUUAAAAUCCCAAACUAUAUUUCUGUUUGCAAUUGUGAUAAAUUCAAAUCAUUCACAUGAGAAAAAAAAUGACUGCACCUGUUAGUCAUUUUUUUUUUCCAAAUGGAAGGGUUGAAACAUCCCCACUGGUAUUAUUAAACAAUAUCUAUUUUUUUUCCAAUGGAUUUACUUUUCUCAGGGUUCUGUUCCACUUUUUCAAAUUCAAGUAGAGCAUAUUACUGUAUGUGCAGAAUGAUUCAGAGAACUGCACGAGAAUAAGACAUUAUUCUGGCAUUCUCUAAAGACCACAGCUCCAUGUUGAGAAGCAGCAGUAUAGUUCAUGCUUGUUAGUUUGGAAAACUUCCUCUUCUGGUUGCCACAGGAACACUUCCACAGAAAUUUCAAAUUUAUGUAGCUGAGGGUUAGACCUUAGACAAAUUUCACUCCAUUGCUCAGUAAAAACAGCAAAAAGAAACUAACCAACAUAGUUUCAGUAUUUUGAAGAAGAAGAAACAUCAGGAAAUAAUUUAAUGCCUUUGAAUUUUCUUUGAGAAGUUAUAGAAGUCUUAAACACAUGCAUUUGCAUUACAAUUAGUAUUUGGAGAGCUGUAGGUUUAGUUCUUAGUUAAAUGUUUAGCUUUGCCAUUGGGAGAAGUCACUGACUCCUGAAGUGGCUAUUUGACAAUCACUUAGAUCAUUUAAAUAUCCUAGAUUAUAUAUUUUUUGGGUGCUAAACAUUUCUUCAGUUUUUAUAAAUUACUUUUAUCUGAGUUCAGCUUCAUAGAUAGGAUAGUAUGUAUUACACUGGGCAUUGGAAAUCAGUAUUUUAGUUUGGCUUCAUACAGUUUUGCAAAGUGGGUGGUUUUAAUCAUGUCAUAUUCAGACUCCAACUUUCCCAAGUAAAUUAAAGCACUUUCUGAAUGUUAGAAAUACCCUGUACAUUAUAACAGGUAUCUUGUUAGGUAGCAGCAGCAGUUAGCAAAUAAUUUGGUUCAAUAUGUUUGCAGAACCAUAUAUUUAAUGAAAACAAAAACUGAGCUUGACUUUUACACACCUUUAAACACAAACCACCUACUUAAAAAUUGUUGAUGAUUGCUACACAAGUCUAUAUCUUUUAUUUUAUGUCAAGAGUCUGAAGCGCACAGAAUUGUUAUGGUGCUACGUUAAUCUAAUAACAUUAAGUGAUACUGUGCCUUUCUGAUCAUAUCCUUUGGGUUGCAAUACUUUUAGAAUAUUCACCACCAUAAUAUUUAAUUUUUUUUACCAUAAAUUUAUGCUGACCAAAAUACAUUUUCUUCCUUUGCAGAAGAAAAAAAUAUAACAAGUUUUAAAAAUAUUAUCUGUUUGUUGGAAUCUUUAAAACAUACUUGUAAUAUCUUUAGGUGAAAUAAGAUGAUUUUUAAUAACCCACUUUUUUUUUAAAUGAUUGAAAGUAUAUAACCUGACACACUGAAUGUGCAGGCAACUUUCUUUGUCAUAUCAUUGCCAAAGCAUAAAAAUUUAGGACUUGCAUCCAUAUCAUAACUCUAACAAUAUUUCGUUAAUUGGAAGAGAUCUCACUUUAAAGAAACUAUUUCUUUUAAUGUCAGCCUUUCCAGGGAACGAGGAACACUUAUCUUUUCUUUUUUUUUUCUUUUUUUUUAAAUUUUAUUUUGUGUGAUUGUUUGCAGAAAACUAAUAAUAAUUUUUGCAGUUCAGAAAUUAAUCUCUAAGAUUUUACGGUUAAUUAUUUUUUAUUGUUGUUAACAUCUCUAUUAAGAUACACGGCUUUGCUGACAGCAAUUUUAAAUCACCUCAGUCCAGUAUUUAAUACUCUUGUUCUAUGCAACAGGCCUACAAUAUUCUUUAGUCAGCUCUGUAAUGUUUUUCUUAAGUGCCUUUUUCCAUAGUUACUGUGACAAAUAAGGUACCACAUCAUUAACCUAAUACAAGACAACCCAAGUCCAUGGAUUUUUUUACAAUUAUCCUCAUUGCUGAUUUGGGUCCAAAACUGAUCAAGAUAAGGUGGCUUAAUAAAUUCUUUCUUUUGUUGAGUUUUAUUUAGGUGCGUUCCUUAGGAGCAGAAAUAUAAUGUAUUCCUUUAUCAGUUUGGGAAUUGGAAAAAGGUAAGAAUGAAAAAUGUUGAUGUCAGCUUGCAAAUGGUCUUGUUAUGAUAAUCAUCUGCUGUAAAUAUCUCAAUUGUGACCUGAAGUUCUCAUACCAGGCUGAUAACAAAUGUUUAUCCCCAGAGAAUAAAUAUUAAAUGCUCAGUGCCUUAUUUUAUGAGAUAUUAAAAAGGUUGUCCAGAGCAACAUAAAAAUUAAUCAAAACUAUAUGGACAUAUCUGUAUCUAUACAAACCUCUGUGUCUGAGUGCACAUGCACAAACACAUGCAAAGGUACAGGUGUGUAGAAAGAGCACGUGCUGUUUUGAUUGGGUCAGCACCUCCAGGCAAGGGAAUGCAGGCAUAAGAAAACCCAGACAAAAUGUUAUUCCUAUUAUCUCUGCAUGCCAGGCAGUAUUUCAGUCUGUCACUUGGCCUAAUAGAGCAGGAAAUACUUAAUGUAGGCAUUGGGACUACCUACUACAAGGUCUUCUGGAAUAGUUAAUAAAUUUGAGUACUAACACACAAUCCCAGGAGUUCAAUGUUCUGCAUAGAGCUCUUGGUACCAACCACUGCAAAGGGGUCAAGAAUUUCUGAGCUGUGAUCAUCUCAGAUUUCCUUAAAAACCCUGCAGUUGCUAUCUAGUUAUUGAUGAGAAAAUAUGAGGAGGGAGUGUUCUUAGUAGGUUAGAUCUUGCUGUUGUCUAGGACACCAUCAUCAAGGUUGGGUUUCAAGCCUUAUGAUGUUUUCCUAAAGGAUUUUUCCUCUUUCAGGCACCAUGCUGUACAUCAUUUGUUUUCAUCAGUACUAAUGCUUUCCCACAAGAGUUGGUAUAGUAGAUCUUUAACUGUAUUCCUGGCUUUAGGAAAAAAACAUAUUCAGUCAAAUCUCUUUUCUGGUAGGGGGGCUACUGGAGUUAAAAAGUAAAUUUUUUUCUGGGCCAAAGAUAAACUUCAUAUACAAGCCAUUAACACGCCCACACCAGCUUCUGCAAGGUAUUUGUGCAUGUGUUUAAUCUGAGGCUCUGAGACAUACAGUGGAAGUCAAGAGGCUUAAAUGCAAUGUGAAAAAUUAAGUUGUUAUUAUCUCAACAAAAGAAAAGCACUGUGUUACAUAGCAAAAUUAUUUCUGUUAUCUGAGGUAUAGAGGACCCAGUGCUUUAAAAAUUGCUUAAAGAAACUCCUUGACUUAGUUCAUAACUUACCAUCUAAAUUUUGCAGAUUUAUGAGUGUGUGGAAUAUGAAUCAGCAUGAAUAUGGCUUAAGUAAAAAAAUAUUUCAUCUACAUGUGGAGGAGAGAAGCAGCUGGGGAGUUCUUUCUAUUCUGCUGAUAAGGGAUGAACUGGCAGCAAAUAGCAUACAAUGCAGAGAGAACAAGAGAAGUAGAGGGUAUGGAAGACUGGGGAGAUGGAUGUGGUAUGCAAGGGAUAAAGAAAGUGUGAAAAGUAACAGAUGAAAUGGCUGCAAGGUAGCAGAGGGACCUAUUGUAAGAAAGAGUAGGCAGCUGGUAAAGACUUAAUAGUAUAAAUUAAAAUGUGAAAUCCACAAGUUUCAUGAACAACUUUUUGCUGUUAAAGAUGAGGCCCUUCUUCCCAGCCAACAGCAACAAGGAAAGGGCUGUGAGAGGGCUCAGGUCGUGGCAGGGACCCCUAGCAGGCAGGGGUUUUUGACCUUGAUCUACAAUCCCUGCCUGAAUUCGCAGGGAUUACACUUCUGUUCAUUUAGGAUCCUUGGAAAGCAGCAGAUCUGUGUUCUGACCUAAAGGCUUGGCAGUGUGAACCUCCCAACACACUGGAUUACCAAGAGUGUAGUGAGUAAAGGGAGUUUCUCAAACCUGACCUUCUGUUGUUAUUCCUGUAAAGGCUGUUUCCCACUGGAAAAAAGAAUAAAACAAAAAAUCUCCAACUUGAGGCAUUUAAAUGUUGGCUCAAUUUUUUUGCAUGUACCUAGAAAUUCUAGCCAAUAAAUUUUCUUUCAAAUACAUUAUGUUUGUGUUUGAUAUCUUCAUACAAAUUUAAUCAACUGCUUCCAAUUUUAAAGCACAGAAUACUGGAGAUACUUCCAUCUACAAAUUACUGGAUUAUAGAAUGACUGGGGGAAAAAUAAAGAAUAUUAUUAAAUUGAAAGCUUAAAAUUUCACUCUAAUCUCAAAGGAUUUAGAAGUAUAUUUGGGGCCCCUUUGCACCAGCCUUUUGCUCUGAGUGUCAGAAUAUCUAGGUCAAAAAUGUCCAGAGGAAGCUUUGAUGUUUCUUUAAUGUUCUUAACUUUUUAAAGACUGACAGAAAACUUCAUAAUAUUUUUAGCUGCACAAGAUGACAAUUCAUUUGAGAAAAUAAAUGCAAACGUUUACUAUGUUAAGAUAUUAUAUGAUGCACUUACUAUGCCAAUAAAUAUGUUCCGUUGUU